GCCGGAGGACAUUAGAUGGGACACCCGGAAGGCGGAAGUCCUAGGGCGGAAGUGGCCAAGAGGAACGGAGAAUGGCGGUCGAAGGCUGGAUUUGGCGCUGGGGCUGGGGCCGGCGGUGCCCGGGGAGGCCUGGGCUUCCCGGCCCCGGCCCUGGCCCCACUACACCUCUACUUCUUCUCCUGUUGCUGGGGCCGGUUGUUGCGGAUAUAACUGACGGCAACAGUGAACACCUCAAGCGAGAGCAUUCGCUUAUCAAGCCUUACCAAGGCGUCGGUUCCAGCUCCAUGCCCCUCUGGGACUUCCAAGGCAGCACUAUACUCACGAGCCAGUACGUGCGUUUGACCCCUGAUGAGCGCAGCAAAGAGGGCUCUAUCUGGAACCACCAGCCUUGCUUCCUCAAGGACUGGGAGAUGCAUGUCCACUUUAAAGUCCAUGGUGCAGGGAAGAAGAAUCUCCAUGGAGAUGGCAUUGCCUUGUGGUACACCCGGGACCGCCUUGUGCCAGGGCCUGUGUUUGGAAGCAAAGACAACUUCCACGGCUUAGCCAUCUUCUUGGACACAUAUCCCAACGAUGAGACCACAGAGCGUGUGUUCCCGUACGUCUCGGUGAUGGUGAACAAUGGCUCCCUGUCCUACGACCAUAGCAAAGAUGGCCGUUGGACCGAGCUGGCGGGCUGCACGGCAGACUUCCGUAACCGCGAUCACGAUACCUUCCUGGCUGUGCGCUACUCCCGGGGCCGUCUGACGGUGAUGACUGACCUAGAGGACAAGAAUGAGUGGAAGAAUUGCAUCGACAUCACGGGAGUGCGCCUGCCCACCGGCUACUACUUCGGAGCUUCAGCAGGCACUGGAGACCUGUCCGACAAUCAUGACAUCAUCUCCAUGAAGCUGUUCCAGCUGAUGGUAGAACACACUCCUGAUGAAGAGAACAUUGAUUGGACCAAGAUUGAGCCCAGCGUUAAUUUCCUCAAGUCACCCAAAGGACUCAUCUUUCACAGGUUAGACGUCGCAAGAUUAUUUACGAGAUCACGGUGACAGAGAAGUCUGAGCUGCGUUUCCUUCUGAUGGGGCUGGGAGCCCAUUCAUGAAGCUGUAAGAGUAAACAUGAUCUUCUUUAUUGAAAUAUUUUACUGAGCACUUUCCCCAAAACUGUUUCUUUACUUGAAAAGUAGCUAACUUUGAGUGCUUACUAUAUGCCAAGCAUGGUUCUGAGCAGGUGACAUGUAUUAACUCAUUUCUUUCCACAACACUUAACCCAUUUGGACACCGGAAAUCCACCAGGUUGGGUGGCUCCUGUCUCACUGACCAUCUCCCUCCUCGGGGAGCACCGUGUCCACACUGACAUGAACCGCUCAGGCCUGGGGUCUGGAACUCCCCAUGGCUGCUACAAACAUCAUCGUCAGCACCACACUCGUCAUACUUGGCCUUUCGUUUUGGCUCUAUCUGGGCCUUCCCUGAAUUCCUGAAUUAUGAGGCACAUUGGCAUCCUGUACUGUAUGGCUCUGGCCCUUGGUUGCACAUUGGAGUCACCUGGAGAAUGAAAGUCAGUCCUCUGUGUUCUCUGGUUCGGGUUUAAAAAGUCAGUGAGGUGUGGGCAAGGGCAGGUUUUUUUUGGGGGUGGGGGGCGGCAGGGCAAGGGCUGUUUUAAAACAGCCAUGCUUGGGUGGGUAGGAUGAGUUUAUAGGCUUGGGAACCAGCAGGUGUUAGACCAGUGAUUUGAAAGCCAAGAUUGAAGUGGUUGUGGUCUGUUCUGGGCUAUGAGCAUCUCCUUUGCAUCCCUUUCAAAGUUCAUGCCUGGAGGUGUUUCCCUAGAAGGUUCGAUGUGUGCUCUCACAUCUGCUUUUUCACACAUGUGGGAUCAUGCUGCUGUAAUCUACAUUUUUGCCACGUGUAUUUAAAAAUGGAGUAAUUUCAUCAUACAGAAGAUAAAUAUAAAUGUAUAUCCCUGUACCUGCUGUGCAACAUGAGAAAUAAAACAUUGCUGACACACUUGCAUCCCUCUUUGUCCCCUGCCCUAAAUAUGUGCCCCUCCUUUUGGAGGUGAUUGUUGCGGAUUCUGAUUUUUUUUUUUAAGUGUUUCUUAAAAAUGUUAACUGUAGAGGUAUGUAUCAGUAAAUACAUAGUAUUAUCUUGCAUUUUAAAAAUGACAAAUGGUACACAGAUGUAUUCUUCGGAUCUUAAAAUUCAGCAUCGUUUGUGAAUGUUUGCGUUACAUGUAGCUCAAGAUGUGGCAUGAGUGGACUCCAGUUUCUGCCUUUGGCCAUUGCUGGAUGUUUGGAUGGUUUCCAGGUUUUUGCUCUUAGAAUACUGCUCUAACUGUUCUUGAGCACGACUCCAUCCAGGCACAAGCGUGCAGGAAUUGCCGGACUUAUGUCACAUUGUUCUCCGGAGUGGGUUGUAUCCAUUCUGUCCUGGCGACAGAGAUACCCUCUGCCCAUUUCUUAACACUCCCUAUUGUCAGUGUGUACUUUCUGACAGUCUGAUAGGUGUAGAAGUUUUAAUUUGCAUUUCUCUACUAGUCAGGUUGAGGAUUUUUGUUAUCCUCAAAGAUCUGUUUGUAUUUCCUCCAUGGUGGUUUAAUUUUUUUGCCCCCUCCCUUUUUCCUCGUGGAUAUGUACGAGUUGUCGUGUGAUCCUUAGGUUGUGUGCUUUGCAGAUACCUCUCAGGAUGCCUAGCUCAUUGCUUUUCUAAUGAUGUCAUGUGAUAUACAGUCUACAUUUUAAUGUCAUUCACUAAUCUUUUUCAAAGAUUUUCUCCCCCAAAGUUUAAAAAUUUUGCUCUUCAUAUUUAGUAUGUAAUCUCCAUGGAAUUAACUUUUGCGUAGGGUGUGAUGUGGGGAUCUGGUUUUCCCACUAUGUCUAGCCAGUUGUCCCAACACAUUUCCUGACAUUCAUCAUUCCAAAGGGGCCACAGCACCACUGAGUCAAGCACUCCAGAUACCGCUCCCUCCUCUUCCUCCUCUUCCAUGGCCAGAAGGCUAAAUGCUCAGCUACAUCUUCCAGUUUCUUAGCUAGGGUGGUUCUGGGAGAGUUGUGCCGGCUGAGAUGCUGGAGGCAGUCUGCUGUGAGGAGUUUCUCAAGUAAAAAGUUAGAUAGCAGCUAGCGUGGCUGUUUGCCUAUCCCCCUCCUCCUGCCGGCAUGUGGGGGUGACCCCCAAAGGUGCAGAGGCCCCCUGUGACCACCGGGGCAGAAGUGAACACCAGAGCUGGAUGGACCGUGGGCCCUUAGGACAUCACUGAGGUGCUGCCACAGCCCUGGACUCCUGACCACUGGGCUUUUAUGUAAAAAAUAAAUUUUGUAUUU